UCUGAAAGAAAAAUAUACCUGGGCGUUGGGUUGUAUUUCCAAGAGCGGAGUGUGUGAGUGUGUCUGCCUGAGUCAGUGUGUUGCAUUAGGUUGUGCUUUGAAGGGAAAGUGUGGAUGUGUAUGUGAGUGUAUUGAGUUUUAUAUUUUUAGAGGAGGAAGAGUAUGUCCAGAAUGUGUUGUAUUUCUGAGAGGGGAUUGUGUCUUACAUUGUAUUUCUAAGAAUCCCUUCUGAGGUGUGCAUUGAGGUGUAUUUCUGAGAGGAGUGUGUUUGUGUGCAAGCGUGUAUAUGAGGGCUCCAAGGCACCACCGACUGUGUCGUUGACUUUGUCACUCACAUACAACCAUAUGAAGUCCCACGUGUAAGACCCCCAUCAUGAUCUGGGUCUCAAACCCUCAACUGUCACAUGGCCAGUGACAUCCAAGAGCCACACCUGUCACACGUGUGUCCCAACACGCCUUGGGCUGGCUGGGCCUGUCUGCAAUGGAGGGCGGAGCCCCUUUUCCCUCAGGGUCUGUCAGCUCCCCAGGCCCCAGGAGCCCACCCCUGGGGUCCCUCUCACUGACCUCCCCAUCUAGAGGCCUCCUCUGCUUCCGACACCCCAGCCCCUUGGCCCUCUCCUCCAGUCCCACCUCCCAGCCCCAGCGGUCUGACUGGUUCCCAACAAAAACACCCUAAGAAUGAGCUCACAGAGUGGCUGCCGCCUCCACACACCCCACCCCACACACCCAGCAGAGGAAGGUGCCUCCAGUUCCAGGCCACACAGCCAGGAGGUCUGGGCCAGGGUACCCCUGGGGUGGCGAGGGCUGACCAGGACCAGCAAUGUCUGUGCAGGUGGCAGCCCCCGGAAGUGUGGGGCUGGGCCCAGAGCGCCUGAGCCCGGAGGAGCUGGUGCGGCAGACACGACAGGUGGUGCAGGGGCUGGAGGCCCUCCGUGCAGAGCACCGUGGCCUGGCCGGGCACCUGGCAGAGGCCCUGGCAGGACAGGGCGCGGUGGCUGGCUUGGAACUAUUGGAAGAAAAGCAGCAGGUGGUGAGCCACUCGCUGGAAGCCAUCGAGCUGGGGCUGGGCGAGGCCCAGGUGCUGUUGGCCCUGUCGGCGCAUGUGGGCGCCCUGGAGGCUGAGAAGCAGCGGCUGCGAGCCCAGGCCCGGAGGCUGGCCCAGGAGAACACAUGGCUGAGGGAGGAGCUGGAGGAGACGCAGCGGCGACUGAGGGCCAGUGAGGAGUCCGUGGCCCAGCUGGAGGAGGAGAAGAGCCACCUGGAGUUCCUGGGGCAGCUGCGGCAGUAUGACCUACCCGCGGAGGGCCAGCAGCCUGAGUCCCCCCCUCGCCGAGACAGCCUGGCCUCCCUGUUCCCCAGUGAAGAGGAGGAAAGGAAAGGUCCUGAGGCGGCGGGCGCUGCAGCGGCUCAGCAGGGUGGCUACGAGAUCCCGGCGCGCCUUCGGACCCUGCACAACCUCGUGAUCCAGUACGCGGGGCAGGGCCGCUACGAGGUGGCUGUGCCGCUGUGCCGCCAGGCCUUGGAGGACCUGGAGCGCAGCUCAGGCCACUGCCACCCUGACGUGGCCACCAUGCUCAACAUCCUGGCACUGGUGUACCGGGACCAGAACAAGUACAAAGAAGCCACAGACCUUCUCCACGAUGCCCUGCAGAUCCGAGAGCAGACACUGGGCCCUGACCACCUCGCAGUGGCUGCCACCCUGAACAACCUGGCUGUCCUCUACGGAAAGCGUGGGCGGUACCGGGAGGCGGAGCCCCUUUGCCAGCGUGCCCUGGAGAUCCGUGAGAAGAUCUUGGGCACCGACCACCCGGAUGUGGCCAAGCAGCUCAACAACCUGGCCCUGCUCUGCCAGAACCAGGGAAAGUUCGAGGAGAUGGAGCGGCACUAUGCGCGAGCCCUGAGCAUUUAUGAGGCCCUGGGCGGGCCCCAUGACCCAAAUGUGGCCAAGACAAAGAACAACCUGGCCUCAGCCUACCUGAAACAGAACAAGUACCAGCAAGCAGAAGAGCUUUACAAAGAAAUCCUCAGCAGGGAGGACCUGCCUGCCCCUCUGGGAACCCCCAACACAGGCACAGCUGGUGAUGCAGAGCAGACCCUUCGUCGGAGCAGCUCGUUCUCCAAGCUCCGCGAGUCUAUCCGGCGUGGAAGUGAGAAGUUGGUCUCCCGACUCAGAGGCGAGGGGGCGGCGGGAGCAGCCGGGAUGAAGAGAGCUGUGUCACUCAACACGCUGCACAUGGAUGGUGCAAGGGCUGCUGGGACCCAGUUCCCCAACCAGCACCUGAGUGAGGCCUCUCGGGCCUUCAGCGCCAGCACCCAGGACCUGGGCCCCCGCUAAUGUCAACCGGACCGCAUGGCCGCAGUUCUCGGGGACAGGGUGGGCACAGGGGAGUCCUUUCGUCUCCCUGCGUGGCGCCCCACCACUUGGGGACACCAGGUAUAUGGGGCUGCCCUCUCCUGUGA